CUUCGGGUUUGUUGAACGUCAAAAUUCACGUCAACAUCUUGCCCACUAGUAGUAGAAUAAAAAACAUCCCCAUUAAGUGGCGCAGCCCCUAUUGGCAGGGUAAAAUGAGGCAAGCGUUGCACGAGGAAAUUGCGCAGCUGAGCAUCCAUUCCAAGCCCUAAAGCGAUGGAAUUGAAAGUUUGGGUCGAAGGAAUCCAACGAAUAGUCUGUGGAGUCACUGAGAAUACCACUUGCCAGGAUGUAGUGUUUGCCCUAGCUCAUGCUACUGGCAAAUCUGGACGGUUUACACUGAUUGAACGCUGGAGGAACAACGAGAGACAACUGGCGCCCCAUGAGAACCCGAUGAAGAUUUUGCUCAAAUGGGGCGAAUACUCGAACGACGUGCAGUUCAUACUACAAAGAAGCGACAGCAGCAAACCCCCCAACAAGCCAAAGCCCCACAAUUCAGUGGCGCAGCCCCCCUAUACGGACAUACUAAAAGACAGUCAAAGCCGAGCGUUUGAAACCAGCAAACACCUAUCCAGCCCCGAUAAUGUGGGGAUUGUGAAAGGAAUCCAGCAGCAACAGGUGAAAACCGUGCAGCUCGAAGUUAGGGAACCAUUCCCGAACAAUUCGCCCCACAGUUCCCCUAAAAAGCCCAACUAUAUGGGCUCUGAUUCGUCCGAUCGGGGCUUGUUGGAGUCUCCUAGUCAUAAGGUGGCCCCCUCCUACAAGGACCCCCCUGCGCCGCCGCCCUACAGAGACCCGCCGCCUCCUAGUUCAAAUGUUAACAACGAUAAGUUUAAGAAAAACAUAUUCCCGGCUGCGCCCAAGUGGGAUGCCAAAACCCGACAGCCUCCCCAAGAUAAUGCUCUCUAUAAUGCUCAAUAUCGGGAAUUAAUCGCGCUGAUCAAUUAUCAAAGAGACAAGCUCAACAGCCAGCAGGUGGAUCUCACUAAGUUCGACGCCGAAAUAGUCUUCUGGGAAAGCAAGGAACGAGAGAAGCAGCUGCAGCUGGACUUUAUUGCGCAGGAAAUGGCGAACAUCAGCAGCCAAACGAAAAACAACAAAGACCAAAUCCAGGACCUGGCCUAUGUGGAGGAUGAGAGCGAAAUAGUCAAGCAGCAGGAGAAGACGCUCAAAUCCGAAAUCACCCUGCUGCGAUCCAAACUGGCCAACUGUGAAACGGAACUGCUGCAAUGCAAGAACAAAAUAAGGCUCUUAAUGGACGAGCUGCAAUUGGAACAGCGAAUGAGCAGCAAAAAGCACGAAACGCGCAAGCAAGUAGAACGAAGUAUCCUAAUGGAACUAGAGCGGAUUCAAAAGGACAUCGAGCUGGCCAAACAGAGCACCGACAUGCACCAUCUAACUGCCGAGGAUCUGAAGAAAGAGGUGGCGCAAUUGGAAGUGUGCAUAAUCGAAAAAAAGAAGCAGGUGGAACAAUUGGUUCAGGAAAUGAAGGAGGCCAACCUGCAAAGUCUCAGUAUCGCACCCCCCGAGGAUAUCCGACAAAUCCUGGAGGGUCCCACCAAGGGCACGACUCGCAAAAUGAUCGGAUCGCCCAGACAACUGGAAAACGCGGUCCCGACUAGCAAAAAUCCCCACGGCGUCUGGGUCUAAAGUGAUUUAUUUAUUCCCCAUUAGCCGAAAUGUAGGUAGGUUUAAUGUACUUAAAAAAAUUCCCUGGGAGACCCACUGGCGCCCUUGAAGGUGUUUAUAGGCCAUUGAAACGCAACCGGAGGUUAGGACCAAUUUUAUAAAAACACCCUGUAUGGUACCAAGCACGCAUUCAAGUUCUAUGUAGUGAGAUUCUUUGAAGGUAAGGGGUGUUGUCAAUAUUCCAUGUGUCCCACGAUAGGUGAAGAAGUGAAAUUGGCAUAAAAAUCAAAUUUGUGGAUCCUGCUGUUGAAAAACUAAGGUCUAUAAAAAAUUGUUAUUCCGGGUUAUAGAGGGCGUUUUAUAAACCAAUUGGAAAAACUUAUAUUUUGUAUACCUUAGUUUUACAACAAGCAGGAUUCGAUUUUUUUUGUCCAAUUAUUCGACUUCUUGUUAAUCUAUCCUGGAACUCACUGUAGAUGUUUAUUUAGCUCGUAAUUUCAGAAUCUCCAUUACCAGACAAACCAGAUGUUUUAUAGUCGUGUAGGUUUAGCAUUUACAGGAUUGUAUGUUCCAUCUUGUCAGCUCUUUUCUCAAUUAACUAGUUUGGGUUUCUUCAAAUAUUGCACUCAUUUUUCUUCUGCUGAUGCGAUUUUACCAUCACAUUAGAUUUUAUUAAAAGGUUCAAUAUUCAAGAUUAUUCGGGUGGCUGAUAAAUAAGUUGGAACACGCUCCCUGUACUGUAUUGAAAUUUGAAUAAUUACGAAAGCCUAUUGAUCUCAGCAGGUCUUUUUUCCAUGUAAAAUAUUUCCGUUUUUCUACUACUAGUAAAAUGCAAAUUGAUAAGCCACAAAGUAAAGUCACGUGUUUCUCGACUGAAGUGUUUUGUAUAUUGUUAUGCCAUAAUGUAAGCAAAUUAUUUAUUUACAUUUUAGCGAACUGCACGUUAAUCUCUUGGUAGGCUCUUGUUUAGUGUUUUUUAUAUUUUUCUAUUAUUAUUUAUGCACCGAUUUCUAUUUAUAUUAAGUUACACUGCCAUAUCAAAAGGUAUAGAUAUUUAUAUAUAUAGAAAUUAUAAAUUUGAAUCGAUUAA